AUGACCGAAGCUACAGGAGAACAGGUGGACGAGCGUGCGCCGCUACUCGGCACGAAGACGGCGACUGGCGACGUCGAGGCCGCCGUUGUACGCGACUCUGACGGCGCACCGACAGAGGAGCCACAAGUUGGCGAGGAGCCGACAAAGAAGACUGGGGCGUGGACUAUUGCCUGGUAUAUCCUCCUUACGGUUGUGAUUGUCGUUGGAGUCGCCUUCUUCGUCAAGGCGUUCAUUGACGCAGAUGAUGUUGACUUCGACCUGAAGAAGGCACUGUACAAGGCACUUGGCGGCGGUCUCUCGGGUGCAGCUGCUAUGGUCCUGCAGGUGCUGACGUUGAUGCCUCUGCGCACGAUCAUGAACUACCAGUACCGCUACGGCACGACUACUAUGCAAGCCGCACGCACACUACACACCGAAGGCGGUUUCUCGCGAUACUACGAUGGACUCCUGGCCGCACUGUUCCAGGGCCCAUUAUCCCGUUUCGGUGAUACUGCCGCCAACGCGGGCAUCCUCGCUUUGUUGGAGAGCAAUGGCUUCAUGAAGAACCUUCCCUCGUUCAUCAAGACCGUAUUCGCCUCGGUCGCCGCUGCACUUUUCCGGAUGACCCUCACGCCAAUUGAUACCGUGAAGACCACUCUACAGACGCAGGGCAAGAAGGGCUGGGGUAUCCUUGGCCGCCGUAUCCGCACCUACGGUAUCUGGACCUUGUGGUACGGUGCAUGGGCAACGGCCGCUGCCACAUUCGUCGGCCACUACCCGUGGUUCGGAACAUACAACUUCCUGAGUGUGAACCUGCCGCCUCCGCACACGAUCGUGCAGAAGCUCGCACGACAGGCCUUCAUCGGUUUUGCGGCCAGCGUCGUCAGCGACACCAUCAGCAACUCUCUCCGCGUCGUGAAGACGUACCGCCAGGUCAACGAGACGCGCAUUGGAUACUUCGACGCAGCGCGCGCAGUCGUCGCGUCAGACGGUCUCAAGGGGCUGUUCGGCCGUGGCCUCAAGACGCGUAUCAUCGCGAAUGGUGCGCAGGGAUUGAUGUUCUCGAUCCUCUGGAAGUUGUUCAUGGACCUGUGGGACAAGCAGAACAAGUCGUAA